GUGUAAAAUUAACACCAUGUAAAAUUGAUUUUAUUCUUCGGUACUUCUCAUAUGACACUUCUAUGUAAUAUACUGCAAAUUUUGGGACUGGAUACAGAUCAUGAUUUUUUGAUCGAUAAGGAGAACCUAAUUAGAUAUGGAAACCACUCCCUAACUUAUAGAAUCGUUGACAGAAUUUUCUCGCAGGUUUGUUCCUUUUGCUGUUGGAGAUCCCAAAUUGGAUAAGAACAACUCCUAUAUUUAGUUAAAAAAGUGAAAUCUGCUGUGCGCAAUUUUAUUUUUUAAGUGAAAUCUGCUGCGCCCAAUUUUAUUUUUUCUAUAACAUUUUAAAUGCCGUGAUUGUACCAUAGGUCCCAAGAAAAUUUACAAGCAAAGUUGAAGGAAAAAUGGGUUAUGAAGACUUUGUUUAUUCUAUACUGUCAGAGGAGGGCAAAUCAUCUGAGCCUAGCCUUGAGUAUUGCUGCAGGAGGGUUAUUGCUCUUGUUGAUGCUCAAAGUUGGUGCAGGAGCAGACCAAGAUUGCAUGGAUCACUUUUCUCUUUAAGGAACCAAGUGGAAGUGUUCUGACCUCAUUGAGGAUGACUUGCAAGUUUCACUGCACAUUCUAGUUCCGUUUUGUACAUUCUGGUGUGCAAGAUUUUUGCUUCUGUCAAGUAAAAGAGAGCAGCAUUCUGGAGUGGUCAGCUCCUUAGUAAUGCUGCCCAUGAAGAGAGGGCAGUUGCUGACCCUUUUCUGAUGACCAUCCAACAGCAGGUUAGCUGAAGAGGCUACAAACGGUGACGUUUGGGGUCCUGAUGCUAAGACAAUGACCAGAAUAUCUGAGGCAGCUUAUGACAUGGAUGACUAUUGGAGAAUUGUUGAUGUUCUGCAUAGGAGGCUGCAUUCUGUAUAUUGGAAGGAAUGGAGGCAGUCAUACAAAACCUUAGUGCUGUUGGAAUUUUUACUGACACAUGGACCUGAAGACAUGCUUGAAGAAUUCCAUUGCGACAUCAAUGUCAUUCGGGAGCUCGGCAAAUUAAACUAUGUUGAUGAAAGAGGGUUCAACUGGGGUGCAUGCAUGCAAAUCAAAUCUGAGAGGAUAUUAAAGCUCCUGAGCGACCAAAAGCAACUCCAAGAAGCGCGUUCCAAAGCACUCAAAAUCUCAAAGGAGAUCCAAGGCUUCGGGAAUUUAAUUGUAUCCCCUUCCUCAUCUUCCUCAUCUACCCCAUCUUCUAGUAAAACCUGCAGAACCUCAUUCUUCAGUUCCUACUCGCUAGAUAGUCCUACAUGGAAUGGAGAAGAUGAUCAAAGCAAACAAGUGCAACAUCAUGCAGCAGCUAAUGGAAUAUCUGAAGAUUUAGAACAAGGAUCACCAAAGAAGUGCACCGUUGACCCUAUGCUUGAUAAGGAAGUGCAAAGGUUGCAUCUUUGGGAGAGCCCUAUCGAGGAUGAUGGCUCUUUGCUUGACGCUACUAAUCAAGACAAAGAAGGUGAAUCAGAUGAUAGGUCUGGUGGAAUUUGUUCACGGCUUUUUGGGACAGCAAAUCAAUUUGUAAGAGAUAAUAAUGUAACUGGCUUUAGAAGUUUAUCAGAUGUAGGCAUGGUGAUGAAGAAGAAGAUUGAUCGGCAAUUGUCCCAUAGGUUUUGAUUGGAGAGACUAAUCAUAUAAUGCACCUGUUUAGUGUUAUGUAGCAUUUCCAUUCUCAUAUGAAAUCAUUGUAUCAGUCAAUGGAAAUGCAAGUGAUGUUGAAAAAAAAAUUAAAAUGACAAGAAAAAAAUAUCAAAUGUAAAUUUUUUUCAAUCAAAC